CGCACUGCCGCGCCCGGAGGCGGUGGGUGGCCCUUGAACCGGAAGUAGUGGGUGGUGCGCGGGCUCUGAACGGAAGGCUUCCGCCAGCCCGGCGGACAGAAUGGUGGGCAGCGGCAGGAAGCGAAGGCCUGGCGGGGAGGGCUCGCAGUGUGAAAAGCCAGUGGAUGUGAAGAAGAGUAAGUCCUGUGAGGCUGACAUCCCCACCGAUCUUCGAAAAGAAGUAGAAAGUCAUUACAGGCUUUCUCUGCCAGAAGAUUUCUAUCACUUCUGGAAGUUCUGUGAAGAACUCGAUCCUGAAAAGCCAGCUGAUUCACUUUCUCUAAGCCUUGGACUUCGAUUAGUGGGUCCUUAUGAUAUCCUUGCCGGGAAACAUAAAAUGAAGAAAAGGUCAGCUAGCCUGAAUUGUAACCUUCACUGGCGAUUCUACUAUGAUCCUCCAGAGUUCCAGACCAUUAUCAUCGGAGACAGUAAAACCCAAUUCCACAUGGGCUAUUUCAGGGAUUCUCCUGAUGAACUUCCUGUGUUUGUUGGUACAAAUGAAGCAAAGAAAAAUUGUGUAAUUGUUCCAAAUGGUGAUAACGUAUUUGCUGCAGUCAAAUUAUUUUUGAUGAAAAAACUGAAAGAAGUAACAGAUAAAAAGAAAAUUAGUCUCUUGAAAAACAUAGAUGAGAAACUCACAGAAGCAGCCAGAGAACUGGGGUUCUCGCUGGAGCAGAGAACUGCAAAGAUGAAACAGAGAGAUAAGAAAGUUGUGACAAAGACCUUUCAUGGCGCAGGCUUGGUUGUUCCAGUAGAUAAAAAUGAUGUUGGAUACAGAGAGCUCCCAGAAACAGAUGCCAACCUCCGGAGAAUCUGUAAGACCAUCGCUGAGGCCCCUGGUGACGAUGAGAGACUGAAAGCUUUCGCGCCCAUUCAGGAGAUGAUGACUUACGUGCAGUUUGCUAACGAUGAGUGCGAUUACGGGAUGGGGCUUGAGCUGGGGACGGACCUUUUCUGUCACGGUUCCCACUAUUUUCAUAAAGUUGCUGGCCAGCUUUUACCUCUUGCAUAUAAUCUGCUGAAGAGGAAUCUCUUUGCAGAAAUUAUCGAGGGUCACCUGGCAGACAGGAGGAGAGAGGAUGUGGACCAGCUUGCAGUGUAAGCGAGGGCACCUCUCUGGUGCCCAGGACUGGAAGCAUUCGUGUGGAACUUGUUUUUUUAAGGGAUACUGAAAAUAAACUGACGGAAACACUUACUAAAACCUCUUACAAAGCUCCCCUGGCCCGGCUUGCUUUCUCUCACACACAAUUGGACCCUGUGUGGUGCCACCUUAGUGCCAUGCGGACCACAACCACUGCUGUCCUCUACAGUGUCACAGGAGUCAUCACGGAUGCCUGAGGACGAGCCCCCUGUCUUCUCCGCCCGGAGCCCUGAUGCAUGAUUCAUAAGGGAGACAAGGAAUUUCUUUCCGAGACAGUGAUCAGAAGGCAGGGGUGUGCUCAGAGCACGAGCCUGGGCCCCUCCCUGGAGGUAGCACUCUGCUGGCUCUGCCCAUACUCGGCACUCAGUGUAGCCUGGUGUGUGUCAGUCGGGUGUAUAACCAACCUACCACAGGUUUGGACUUUAGUUUUCCAUUGGAUUUCCAGUUCUGUGGGUAGCUGUGUUUUACCAGAUGCAGAUCCUUCCUAAACCUGACAAAAAAAAAUCCUGCACCUUAAAGCUCAGAGCCAACUGUGCAGUGCAAACUGUGGACGGGGCCAAAAAGCCCAUUAGCAGUGUUUCCCUCAUAGGAGGGAGGCUGGAGGUCGAAAAGCCCUCAGGUCACCUAGUUUACCCCAUUUUGUGGAAGACUGACCUGACCUGCCUCCUUAAAGCAGGUGGGAGGUACUUACCUUUAUGACGAAAGGUGAGGACACACUUGGUCAGGAUUUUCAAUAUGGGUCCAUGUCUUAACUCCUGCUCAGACUGUGAGCAUCAUAAGGACAUGACAUCAGGAGUAGGUCCCUCUCAGUUACACAAGGUCCUGAAUGUAUAUGGCUUUGUUACAUACCAAGUAUCUACACUGGAGUUCCCAUGGUGGCACAGUGGAAACAAAGCCAACUAGAAGCCAUGAGGAUGUUGGUUUGAUCGCUGCCCUUGCUCAGGGGGUCAGGGAUCCAGCAUUGCUGAGAGCUGUGGUGUAGGAUGCAGACGCGGCUCAGAUCCGGCAUUGCUGUGGCUGUUGCGUAGGCCAGCAGCUGCAGCUCCAAUUUGACCCCCAGCCUGAGAAUUUCCAUAUUCUGUGGGUGUGGCCCUAAGAAGACCCCCCCCCCCAAAGUGGCAGUAUUUAGAAAUAGUUAACACAUUUAUUCAAGUUAUCUUUCAUUAAAACAACUGGCUUAGCUAGAAAUUCUAGAUUCCUUUAACUUUGCUAUUUGUUGAGUCAACAGCCUCAAAUGUGUUCUUUUUUUAGUUUGCCAUCUUGUGAUCAAUGAUAAGGAUUUCAAUGGGAUUUCCUAUCAAGGAAUAAAAGGAGACCAAAGAGUUCAGGUUUUCAUCCAUUCCUACACAAAGCUGAGUGGCAUCAGAGCCCGGACUGGCAGCUCUGGUGUAGGAACAUGGUUGUGAGCAUCUUCCUAGUAGCCCAGUCUCAAAGCCCAGCAACUGCGGGAGAGCAGCCCUUCCCAGGACAGCACUGGUCAGUGAUUGAGAAGCAAGCCCCUUACAACCCACACACCUUCCUCUCUCGCCUUCUACACUGGAGGCCACAGGCCUUUGGAACCUGGAUUAGAGGUACUUUUCUCUCCCAUUCAAUAGCUACUAUGGCUUCCAAAUGCCACCUGCUUUCCUGCUCAUCUUGUGUCUGGGCCUUUUCAUGAGUAAAGCACUUUGACCCAGAGUUUAACAAAAUCCUGACCCACCUCAAAUUUAGCUAAGCUCACACCUGGAGCUGAAGAAAGUGUGUUUUUUUCUAUAGAAUCUCUCAAAUGCAAUGCAGAAUGGUGCGCCAAGGAAAAAAGUGGCAACCGUCCCAAGGACACACAGCCCUGCAGCAGCUCAGAUCUUCCGGGCUGGAGGCCAUCUGUCCAAACUGUUCCUGUCACAGUGCCCGUAAGGCCCAGUGUCUGAGCAGGUGGCCCUCUAGUACCCUGACCUCACAGUUUCCUCUCAGAGACAGACCAGCCUCUCCUUGUCAUCGCAAAUUAAGUCCAAGGGGGAGCAACCUGGCCUCUUCUUCUAAUGUCAUGUGUGGCCGCGGGGGCUGGAAUACUGACUACAUAGCUCAGACAGGGCUCCCUUCACUCCCAACUUAAGCCUCACCCCCACCCCACCGUCAGCAAGUCCUGUUUGUACAUCCGAAGGUCCUGACCACCCACUGACCAGUCUCUUGACUUCACUCGACUGCCUCAGGUCCCCAACACCCUGACCCCAGCUGUUCCCAAAGCCGCACACCCACACUGUCCCACCUCACCAGCUUGACCUGCAUGUUUCACUCAGAAUCACUCAGUCCCUACCCCAGCCUCACACUGGUUACCCUCCAGUCACAUGGCCCCUGCAACCGCAGGCCUAUCUCUGUUGCCAGGUGUCCCUACACCUGGUAACGGGGUCAGCCACAUCUCUAGGUAUACGCUCAAGUCCCCACCCCUGCUCCUGUCCCCCACCAGCUGGGGUCUUGCGCUAACUGCACAUGGGAGCCAUUUCAGCAAGUGUGCUCCACACCAAUGGGGAGGCUGUCAUCCUGUGUGUGUGUGUCCCCACCAGAGCUGGGCACAUGCGAUGCUCAGUGAGUGAAAGCGGCAACAGAAGGUCCACGGACACCAGGAGUCUUGAUAGUUCAAGCGUUGCCACCACCUUCCAGGCAAUUCUAUGAGCAAAGCUCCACGCAAAAUUUCCUUUUUGGCCACGCCAGGGGCAUGUGCAAGUUCCCAGGCCAGGGAUCAAACCCAAGCUACAGCAGUGACCUGAGCCUCUGCAUGACAACACCAGAUCCUUAAUCCAUGGAGCCAACAGAGAGCGCCUCCACAGGAAUUCUUAAAAACAUUAUGCAAAUCACUUCAUGUUUUCUUUCUUGUGACAGCAGAGUGAGAGCAGCUGUCACGACACGGUGUCGGGCCCUCUGCCACAACAGAGGGAAUCAAAGGCCAAACCACACGUUGUCAUACAGGUUUUAAUAGGUUCUCUGAUUGACUCAUCACAGUAACCACUUUUACUGUAAUGAUAUGCAGCUUUACUACACUAGUAUAAAUAAAAACAUAAAUACAGCUCUAGGCAACAUCACAGAUUAACGAACUCAGCAUUCUUCAUGAACGAAGGGAAA